CAUAUGAAUAUUUGGGGACUAAACCGACUUGAACAACAUUUAUUUAUUUAAAGUAGAAAAGGGCACUAAAAUAAUCAUCUUCUUCAUCUUCCACCUUCCCGACCCGAUUCGCCCCAUAUUAUUUUCGUUUCCGAGCUUGAAUUUAACGUCUGGAAUGAGAAAGAAGGGAAAAGAGAGAGAUGAGAGAGAAAGAAGGGGGCCGAUGGAGGAAGUAGAUCAGAGGAGGAAUGGAAGUUGAAAUUUUUGCUUUACUUGGUUUCAACUUUCAAGUUCCAAUCAACAAAGUACUGAAGCAGCAGCAAAUUAAGGUGCAUUAUGGCCUUGAAUAAGCAGCCGAAAGAGAUUCCAUCUGCCACUUGUUUAUGGAGUUGCAAUUCUACAAAAUCUUCUUCUGGCGUAUGUGUUUUCCUGAAGAACUUUUCGCACCUGAUUGGAUGUUGCAUUUCACUUUGAUGACCCAAAAGUUCAGGCGAGCUGCAGAGGAGUUCAAAAUGCAAAAUGAAGCUGCAAGCGCAGAAGAUCAGAUCACAAACUGGGACCUGAUGAGUUACCGUUUGAAGACAGUGAUGCAGGAACAUAUGCCAGAAACCAGGGAGAUGUGCAGAAUGUUACUACAUGGCGGAUUCAAACGUAAGUUGUAUUGCCAACUCGAGAUAUCGACUCGUGAAUAUGUGCUGGAGACUUUUGAUUUCAUGAAUUUGAUAGACAUCAAUCUUGGUGCUCUCGACGUCAUUUCCCUUCAGUUCGAUCCCAUAGUGGCGCAACAGAUUGCUGUUAUUCAGCAGAGAAUGUUUCAGUUUACGAAGAUUCUACAUGUUUUUAGAACGUGGCCAUUUAAAUCAAUGGGGACGGUUGAAAUCAUCUACCAUUUUCACUCUUGGGUAUGUAACAUCUCGCAUCUCGUAUUCCUGUAUAGGGCUGAUCAUCGAAUGAAUGAAAGUCUAGCAACCGCUAAGGGGAUUCAGCUGUUCUUUGCGAUUUGGGAAAUGUUUCCUAAACUCCUUCCGGAUUAUGUUGAUUUUCUUCUGGAACUUGUGGUAAAAAACUAUUCAAAGGAUCACAUUGAAGUCAACCCUGAAACCAUUCGCGAAGGUCUGAUGCUCUUGUUAUCAUUUGUCAUGGAUUCGCCGCACGAAAUUUUGAUGGCAACAGAAUUGAUACUGUCUGAAACUAAUGCUAUCAUCAGUGAACUGCCAUCUAUUAUCUGCAUUCCCCAUACAGAUAAGUUAUGCAACCUUCUUUGUAAGAUUGAUAGAGUCAAGGUUAAAUUAAGAGAAUUGUAUGUUGUUACUCCUAUUUCAUCACAAUUCAAUUCUCCAAAGACUAAUCCAAUUGGAUUUCUAGAUUCCCUCUUAGACACACUGCUUAUGAUGCUACAAGGAGGGGUGGAUUUUAUUCCUUCGGUUAUGAAUCAAGUUAUAGGAAUCCAUGAAGAGCUAGCUUCACUGAGGCCAUUUUUCUCCUGUCACAUGGCAUUGAACUGCAAAAUGAGGAAGACAGCAAACUCAAAGAUAAAGCUUGUGAAGUUUGAGGUCGAAAAGAUUAUUGAUGAGGUCAUGCAUAUCAACAAGAAACUCACAGGUGAAAUAGAGUCUACAGAUGCUUUGCCACCACAAGCAACAACUUCAAAGCAUGAAGGAGCUUCCAUAGGAUUCAAAGAGGCAAGGCAAGACAACAUUAGCCAGAAAAAUUUAUGA